UCUCAGAUUAGUAGACAUGGCCCUUGUCCCACAUGAACCGGACACCAGAGGAGUCGAAGAUUAUAGUUCUCGUUGGAACUGCGGGCCACAGACGGUUGUGAGGGCGACCAGGUCACCUCCGCCGCCCCAGUUGGGAGGCGGAAAGCUCAAAUCCCUCGGCCUCUCGUGCGUCGUCUGCGGUGACACAAGCUCUGGAAAGCACUACGGGAUCCUAGCUUGCAACGGAUGUAGCGGAUUUUUUAAAAGGAGCGUUAGAAGGAAACUAAUAUACAGGUGUCAAGCCGGGACGGGACGGUGCGUUGUUGACAAAGCUCAUAGGAACCAGUGCCAAGCGUGCAGACUGAAGAAAUGUCUGAGCAUGGGGAUGAACAAAGACGCUCCUGGACUCUAUAGACUUGGCCCUAUUCAAAAAAAUCACUCAGCCGUUCAGAACGAAAGGCAGCCAAGGAACACAGCGACGAUUAGGCCGGAGACACUCGUCGAAAUGGACCACGAACGAGUGAUACGAGAAGCUGCUGUGGCUGUCGGCGUUUUCGGCUACGUGUGUUGCAGGCCAUCGUCUUCCAUGUCUCUCGGGCUUUCGAUGCAGUACAAAAACAUGAUAUCUGCGAACGCAUCCCCGGGCCAGGAAGAAAUCAACGCCGUCCAACCGAGAUCUCAAUACAGCCAGCCUUCACCGCCUAAAAGUUCACGAGACGAAAACGAGGACGAAGACACCAUUGACGUUACGAACGAGGAACCUCCUGCGACGGGGACGUACAGCAUGAGCGCUUCAGCCCCUCCGCUUCCGCCUGAGUACGUUUUUUACCCGACGAUGCCCGAAACGGUCUACGAAGUCGCUGCAAGGCUUCUUCUCAUGGGGGUGAAAUGGGCUAAAAACUUACCUUCAUUCGCAUCUCUGCCGUUUAGAGAUCAGGUUAUACUUUUGGAGGAAUGCUGGGCAGAAUUGUUCCUAUUGAACGCGAUACACUGGUGUCUUCCUCUGGAGACGUGCAAGCUUUUCAGCGUGCCCGAACACGUGAUGGCCGCCCCCUCAGGAAAGGAAGGCCUCGUCGCCCACGAAGUUCGCGCCCUCAACGAUGCUUUACAGAAAUUUAAGGCCAUCAGGGUGGACGCCGGUGAAUUCGCCUGCCUCAAAGCAAUUGUCCUUUUCAAAUCAGAAACCAGAGGACUGAAGGACCCGAUGCAGGUUGAGAAUUUCCAAGACCAAGCUCAAGUGAUGUUGUGCCAACACUCGCGUACCAACCACCCGGACCAAGGGCAGAGAUUCGGCCGGCUCCUCCUCAUGUUACCACUCCUCAAAGUCGUACCGACGAAUCGGAUCGAGGACAUUUUUUUCCAACCGACCAUCGGCAACACGCCCAUGGAAAAAGUCCUCUGCGACAUGUACAAAGGUUAAAACUGACACCGGGCGAAACGACCUACUUCCGGCAGAAGCGCUGAUAAUCCGCUUGGCUAAUUUCCUUUUUUUUCUAAAUCAUAAGCUAUAAAAUAUGUAAGGGUAAUCCCAAAAGGCUAAAUAAUAAUUAAAUAAUAAUAAUCAAUUAAGAAAUGACUAUUACAAUAAUAGCGAUUUGAAACUCAUUCUCUUGAUAAAUGUUUAGAGCCUUUAAAGAUUCUUUUGGUAAAAUAUACCACAUAUUGGAACCAUGUUUUAUAUCAUUGAUAUACACAUGGAUUGGAAUACAUUGUAAACUUUUUUUGUCAUCGUUGUUAUUCGUGUUCUUUCAUUUUAUUAUAAUGUACAAUGGCUUAAGAUAUGUAUGUACAUGUAUACAUAUAAUACGUUAAUUUGAGUGCCAUAGUAUGUCGAUGUCUUUAUAAGCAAUGUUAUUUGUUUAAAUUGUAGCGACAUUAUAAAUAUCUAUUUGUA